GGAACGUGUAUGCGUGCGCACCGCUAAUGCCAUACCUUUCAAUGCAACGUGUGCGAGCAGCGAAUCGAUUGGUGUCCGUCGUUCUUGGAGGUUGUGUGAAGUCAGCGACUCGCAGUGUGCUCGUGAACCGUCCAAUAACUUGUUUAUUAAAAAGACAUAUCCACACAACCAGACUGACCAUGUCGUAUGCAACUGUCGAGAGGGGAUGCCCAUACACCAUGGAUUAUCGCAUGUUCUUCACUAACACUGAAGGAAAUGUGAUUUCUCCAUUCCAUGAUAUUCCUCUGUAUGCUUCUGAUGACCAUUCCAUCUGUAAUAUGAUUGUAGAGAUUCCUCGAUGGUCAAAUGCCAAAAUGGAAAUUUGUAAAGAAGAAGUAAUGAAUCCCAUCAAACAGGAUGUAAAGAAGGAAAAGCCAAGAUUUGUGAAGAAUGUUUUCCCUCACCAUGGUUACAUAUGGAACUACGGUGCUAUUCCACAGACCUAUGAGGACCCCAAUUUGGCUGACCCUAAAACAGGGUGUAAGGGAGAUUCUGACCCACUGGAUGUGUGCGAGAUCGGAUAUAAGGUCCAUCCUAGGGGAACUGUGAUACAAGUGAAAAUCCUAGGGACACUUGCUAUGAUUGAUGAAGGUGAAACUGAUUGGAAAAUACUAGCCAUAGAUGUAAACGAUCCACUGGCGGAGAAAUUAAACGAUGUUGAAGAUAUAGAAAAAGAAAUGCCUGGUUUUUUAAAGGCCACAGUUGAAUGGUUCAAAAUAUACAAGGUACCUGAUGGGAAACCUGAAAAUAAAUUUGCCUUUGAUAGUGAAGCAAAAAACAAGGAGUUUGCCUUGAAUGUGAUUGAGGAGUGUGGUAAGCAGUGGAAAGCCCUCAUCAAUCAGAGUGUGGACAAUGGCGGCAUCAAAUGUGAGAAUACUUCUGUGGGAGGAAGCCCGUACUUGAUAGAGAACAAGGAGGCCAAUCUCAGCAAAGAAAAUCAUCCCGAGUUAAAAGAGGCUGCAGAAUUAGACCCUGAAGUGAACAAAUGGUACUACGUAUAACUCCUGUGACCAGUAGACUUAUCAAGAUAACAUUCAACACAGAUUAUGUGCUCAAUAAACUAAAGUUAGCUAACAUAUCUUUUACAACAUUCGCUAAAGUGCUCUUUCUGCUAUCCUGUAUAUCUACUAAUGUGUCCUGUGUACACUGGUGGGAAACUUACCAUAAAUUCUACAACCAUUUUACUACUGGUACAGAAUUCCAGUAUGAACAGAGGAAUCACAGCUUUAUAGUGUUUAAUUGCAACAUCUAAAUUAAUUUUAUAUUGUAUAACAUAACAAAAGUACAUUGUAUUACAUUGUAUUUCAUAUUUAUUGUGAUUUUGUUGAUUUGACAAUGAUUGAAGCAUUUAUUUUGAGAUUAUGAAUAUUUUAUUGAUGUCUUUACAUGAUCUUUGUCUCAAUUUUUUUCUCUCAUACUUUAAGAUCAAGUUUGUGAUUUUUUGAAUUACAUUGCUUUACUCAUAAAGAAAUACAAAUUAUCGGUUCAAAAAGAUGCAGUUAUGUCCCUUGGACCAUUGUUGACCAACCCAUUAUUGCCAAAGGGUUUAUGAGCAUUGUUUGUUUAUUUGUAUUUAGUUUCAUUAUGAUAUAUCAUGACAUUUACUUUGUUCAAUUUUUUUUCUAAAUCAGGAAUUCCAUUAAAUCUCUGUGAGAUAGUUAUACUCACUAAAUCAUUCAGUAUGUGCAUAGAAAAUGUUUGUAUGAAAUCUGUCAAUUUUGUAUUCAGUGUCACAAACUAUUUUACACCAUGUAUGAUGAAUGUGUUGUAACAUGUGGUUAUUUGAUCAAACUAUCAUUAAAGAGUGAUGAGAAAAGUACAGCUAACUUCACAAUCAUUGCUUGGAGAUCAGAAAUUAAAAAAAGAUUUGAACUUGAAUCAUGUUUUCCAGAUUUAUUAGAAUCCCUAACAAUCGUGACAGUUGCAUUACUUGUAUACUAAACAUCAGUGUUCAAAAAUCUCUAAAUUUGAGGAUGGUGGGAAAAAAAACAAAAAUAAAACAUCUUAGAAAAACUAAUUUCUUUGAGGAUUGAUUAUCAGCAGUAUUACAGAAAAUGUAAUAGUUUGGCUUCAGUUAUUUUGGGAGCUAUAUACAUACAUUUAUGUAUAUAACAGUUAUAUAUAGAACAAGUUAGACACCAGGAAAGACUGAUCAGGUAAGACACAAGGAAAGACUGAUCAGGUAUCUGAUAGACUUUAGAAUUAACUUUCAGUGUAAUUUCUCAGAUUAAAAUGAUAUCUAAAAUUCUACUGACCACUACACAAACCAGAUAUAUAUAUACAUAGAAUGUAUAUAUUAUUGUAUAUUAUUGUCUACAUAACAAGAAAUAUAUUAUUAUUCUCAUUCCUAAGUCUGGAAUGGACAAUAAAUGUGUAAAUCU